AUCAGUUACCAGAAUGAACACAUGGAUAGUAAUCACCUUCCUGCUGUGCUUCACCAAACCCACUAGAACAUCUGAUAGUGAAGAUGUUAUCAAAGUUCCUGAAAACGCAAGUAAACAAACAUCUGUACCGAGUGAAGAUGUUAUUGAAGUUCCUGAAAAUACAAGUAACGAAACAUCUACACAGACAGCGAUCAUGGACAAAACAUCAGCUGAGCAACAUGUGAUCAGUCUCAUUCCUCUCCAAAGCAGCAUUCCACUACAACAGGUCACAGAUAAAAUGAGCAUUGAAAGGAAUAAAACAGUGACAACUGAGCUCUCAGAGAGCUCAGCUCCGCACUCCAGCCAGUCAGCAGACACAGAGCAGCCAGACAUCCAGUUGGCAAGUCCAGAGCAACCAGACAUCCAGCUAUCUGGUACAAAGCAACCAGACACAGCAUCAGUGGCACCAGCUCCUGCAGAGAUGCCAGUAAAAGGCAACAGUUCUGGUGUGACUGAGUCUCCAGGAUCUAUUGAGCCGCUGACUGAGCAGUUCAUUCAUGUUGCUGGAGAGGAGCCAAUGGGAGACUGCAGACAAGCGGGAUCACCGGGAGAGAUGCAGCUUUUGGGAAACGCCAUUUCUGAGUUUGGCUUGGACCUAUUCAAGGAGAUUUUGCAGGAGAGCAGCAAGCCAAACAUUAUCAUUUCCCCGCUGAGCAUUGCCCUGGGUCUUGCUCAACUCAGACUGGGUUCUGUGAACAGGACAGAGAAACAAAUAGAAAAAACCCUGCGCUUCACCUCACUCAACUGCUCUCACUACACUCUCUGCACAGCCAUUAACAACUUCACCAGGAGUGCAUUAAGCAUUGCAUCAUCCAUCUACAUUAAAAAGGGAUUUCAUAUUAAGCCUGAGUUCAUCAAGGAUUCGGCGAAGUUCUACAACUCACAGCCGCAGGUUCUGACCGGUGUAAGCGCCAAGGACACGAACAUGAUCAACUCGUGGGUGCAGCAGAUGACAGGCCGGAAAAUUAAAACAUUUUUGAAUGAGGUUCCAAGUAACAUUGUUCUGUUGCUGCUGAAUGCCAUCCAUUUUAAAGGGUUGUGGCAAGUUCAGUUUGAUCCCCGUGCGACCUCCGAGGAUACCUUUUACAAGGAGGAUGGUAGCUCCAAACAAGUGGCUAUGAUGCAGCAUCCCAAAUAUCCCAUCAGCAGUUUCCAUGAUGAUGAUCUGCAGAUUGAGGUUGCCAGAUUAUCCUUCAAACAGAACAUGAGCUUCAUUGUUGUGAAGCCGAUGGUACCUGGGAGACUCAACAGCAUCGUGUCCAAGUUAAAUAUCACUGAGCUGCUGGGUCACUUUUUCAAGGCUCGCCCAAUGCCAGUCAAGAUGCCAAAACUCAACAUAAAUUUUGACACGGAACUCCGUCUAGCCUUGAAGAGUCUUGGCCUUGGUAACCUUUUCACUAACCCUACCCUGAGCAAGAUCUCGUCCGAUCCCCUGUUUGUGUCAAGUGUUCAGCACAAGGCGACAAUGGAGUUGAAGGAGGAAGGAGUAGAAGCUGCCGCUAGCACAGGCAUCGCUGUCAGUCGCUCCUUCAUGCAGUGUAACAUCAACCGGCCAUUCUUCUUCAUCAUCCGGGAUGACAUCUCCGGGAUUCCAAUCUUCCUUGGGACCAUCAAAGACCCAAAACCAUGGGAUCAGAGGGGAUCCCAGGACAAGUUGAUGGUGAAUCUCGAGAGAAUGAGGAAGGCAAAGGCGCCAGUGGAUCCCAAGUGAGAUCCCAGCUGGGAUCUGUCAGCAACAAAUGAUGUCAAACCGAUCUGGUGAUGUCCGGUUGGAGAUUUUUUU